AUGAACUUCUUCUCCAGUGCCAUCUCAUCGCUUACGGGCACUUCGAUUCCCUACACAUUCAAGGAGAAGAUUGUGGACCCCUCCUUAGGGACAUAUCCGGAUAAUCGCUCCAUAUGGACCGUGUAUAACGGAGUCAACCCAAAGAAUGACUCGCCAGUAACGAUUUUCGAGUUCAAUGCCAGAGACCCCGUCAGUGUCCAAAAUAACUACGAUGGUUUGGCCAGAAAUUGCUUCAAGAAGCUGAAACUCAUCAAAUUCCCUGGAAUCAUCUCCAUCGUGGACUUUAUUGAAAGCGAUACUCACGUCUAUUUAGUGACUGAACGAGUGACGCCGUUGGCUCAUUAUUUGGUGGAGAACAAGGAUAAGAUCUCUACGGAUGCAAAACUUUAUGGAAUUUAUGGCAUCGCCCAUGCAUUGCUGUUCAUCAACAUGAAGGCUCAGUGUUUGCAUGGCCAUUUAGACGUGGCAUCUUCUGUGUUUGUGAAUUCACAGGGUGACUGGAAGUUAUUUGGCUUUGAGCUUCUCACAAACUUGACCUCUGAUCCAGACCAACCCAUCUACCGCCUUUCGCAGUACAUUCCUGGUUCGAGGGAAAAUUUGCCUGACGAGGUUGCGAAUGGAGGAUUCGAUGCCAUUAGACAGUUUGCUAUCAAGUACGACUCCUACAGGUUGGGCCAUUUUAUCUACAGUGUAUUGGUCAAACUGAACUUCGAAGCACCCAUUGUGGUCGAACAUUCAGAGGUUCUUGCUGGAAGUCACAAAAUUCCCAAGCCUCUAGCACUUCACGUCAAGAGAUUGGUGAGCUCCAAGGCCAAUCUCAGAAUAACCGUGGAGAAAUUCACCCAGGACACCGAAGACUAUUUCUCGGAAAAUACCUUGGUGGCUUUCAGCAAGGUUCUCGAGGAAAUCAAGUUUCAGAACGAGACAGACAAGUUAUCCUUCUUUAAGAACGAUCUUGCUCAUUACGUGGACGGCGAAUUUCCUCCAGGAUAUUUGGACAAUAAGUUGCUUCCUGAAAUCAUCACUCAGUUCAACAAUUUGGCUAACACCAAGCCCACUGUUAAUUCCACCCCUGAGCAACAUCAGCAACGCCAGGAAACCAUGUCAGUGUUGUUAAAUUAUAUUUUGAAGCUAAGCACAGGUUUGUCAGAUGAUCAGUUUGCUAAAUCCACUAAACCUAUAAUUUUCCACUCUUUCACGUUACUGGAUAGAUCCAUAAGACUAAUCCUCUUGAAACAUUUGCCUAGUUACAGUCAAAGACUUAGCGACUAUGAAGUGCAAUCCAAGGUUUUCUACAACUUGAUUUCGGGGUUCCAGGAUACUAAUUUCAUGAUCAGAGAAACCACAUUGACCUCCAUCACUGCUGUCAUUGACAAGGUGAGCGUGAAGCAAGUGAAUCAAGAUUUGCUUAAGGUACUUGCCAAACUGCAAAUGGAUCCAAAACCAUCUAUUCGUACAAACACCUUGAUCUUGAUUAUUAAAAUUUCCAGCAAGAUAUACACUAAUUCCAGAAACAGCGUGAUUAUAACCGCACUCUCCAAGUCGUUGCGUGACACAUUCACUCCAUGCAAAGUGACCGCACUCAAUGGUUUCGAGAAGCUUAUCGAUCAAUUCUCUCUCGACGAAAUUUGUGGAAAAAUCUUGGGCCACUUGGCGGUAGCAUUGAUGGACCCAAGGUCCAAGAAGGUGCGAGUGGAAGCGAAACGUAUCUUUGAGUUGUAUUUGGGUUCUGUGGAAAAGCACGCAGCGACAUUGCCAGCUGUAGAGGAGGAUGAGGACGCAGAAGAGAAAGAAUUCUUCAAAAAAAAUGUUCCUCAGGAAAAUAAAAUACCUGGUGAUUUUGAUGAACCUAAAGACGCAAAAGUUCCACAGAAUGGCGGAGGUUUUUCUUUAGGUUGGAACGUUGUCAAUAAGCUUGUGUCAUCGAAUGUUGACGGAGAUCUCAAUAAAUCAUUCAAUCGCUCUACACCCGAUUUGACAAGGGUCUCAACUCCAACAACCGAGCCACAAUCAAAUCAGCAAAAGAAGCCAUCCCACAAUGACGUGACCAGUCAAGCAUUUGCACAAGAAAAUUCGGAGUGGAAUGAACUCGUCGACGAGGGCGGUUGGUCUGAUCCUGAGGAGUCGCAAGUGUCGACAGAACAACAUUCAAGCGCAACUACCAGAGCCGUUCCACGACAGGCGCCAAAUUCCACGAUCAAGCUCGCAGCCAGGACACCAGUGAGGCCUUCCAAAUCAAGUAAGGGCCUCAAGCUUGGAGCCAAAGCCCAGAAAAAACCUGCCUCCACUCUCAAAUUGAAUAUUCCUGUGGAAGGAGAUGACGAUGAUUCGUGGGGUGGGGAGUGGUGA